AUGUCCGACAAUAUCCCAGGGGUUGGCCACGCCGACACCAUGGAUUCUCACGACUCCAGCCCGACGCAGCCGGACAAGAAAAAGAACAGACGCCCUGCCAACACGGCCUUUAGACAACAAAGAUUAAAAGCCUGGCAACCGAUUCUCACACCCAAAACAGUCCUGCCUCUCUUCUUCGUGAUUGGCAUCAUCUUCGCCCCGAUUGGAGGUCUGCUGCUCUGGGUGAGCUCCACCGUUCAGGAGCUCCAAAUCGAAUAUUCACAAUGCAGCAAUCUUGCACCCGAAUACAAGGACAGCAACAGCUUCCGCCCCAUGGAUGCUAAAUAUGUCGAAUCUGCGUUCAAGUCCAAAGAGCCUAUCCAGGCCAUGUGGGCUGUGGAGAAGAAGAAGAUGGUUCAGGGCGACUACGGCGUUGCUGUUUCGACCAACGUCUGCCAUUUGCAGUUCCGAAUCCCCGACGAGAUGAAGCCCCCCGUCUUAUUUUACUACCACCUUGUCAACUUCCACCAGAACCAUAGACGCUACGUGGACUCCCAGGACGCCGACCAGCUCAAGGGCAACGCCAAGUCGUACGACGAUAUCAAGAGCACUAAGUGCACGCCGCUAUACGGAGAGAACAACCUGCCCUACUACCCAUGCGGCUUGAUUGCAAACUCCAUGUUCAACGAUACAUUUAACAGCCCCGUCUUGCUGAACCCCCGAAAGAACACUGUUCGCGAUGACCUCCCCCAGAACUACACCAAGGUCUAUCAGAUGAACAACAAGACCAACAUUGCCUGGGCCAGCGACAAAGACCUCUACGGCGACACCAAGUACAAGAUUGGAGAGAUGCUGCCUCCGCCCAACUGGAGAGAACGAUUCCCUGACGGCUACACCAACGACCACCCACCGCCACCACUGAAGGACUGGGAGGCUUUCCAGGUCUGGAUGCGAACCGCCGGUCUCCCCUCGUUCAGCAAGCUGUAUCAGCGCAACGAUAACGAUGUCCUUCAACCCGGAACCUACGAGGUUAUGAUUAACGACUACUUCCCUGUCAACGACUACCAGGGCAAGAAGUCCAUUCUCAUCACCACCCGUACCGUUAUGGGCGGACGCAACCCCUUCCUCGGCAUCGUAUAUCUCGUUGUUGGCGGCCUUUGCAUCAUCCUCGGUGGUGUCUUCACAGCUACCCACCUCAUCAAGCCUCGCAAACUCGGCGACCAUACCUACUUGUCGUGGAACAACGCUCCUGCUGGCAAGACCCCGCAACCCACAAGAGGCAUGGCUACGGGUAGAGAUGUACGUCCCGGUGAGGCGUAA